AAUCAACUGCUUCUCACUUUAAUGAAAUUGCGCCAUGACUGUGAUUUUAUGUUAUUGGCAGUUUUAUUUAGAAUUCAUAGAACAACAGUUUCUGCUGUUUUCAAAUUUUGGAUACUAUUGCUGCAUAAAACUCUUUCGGCUAUUGAUUUUUGGUCUCUGCGUUGUGCAGCUAGUCAUCUCUAUACUGUCAACAUAGAUUGUACUGAGUUUAUCAUAGAGAAACCGGAAUCACCAGCUGAACAACAAGCCACUUGGAGUUCGUAUAAAAACAACAAUACAGUAAAAGUGUUGGUUGGCGUUGAUGAAGAAGGUAUGGUUAUUUUUGUAUCUGAUCUUUUUGGAGGAUCUGCGACAGAUGAUAUCAUACUGGCUGAUUCCGGCCUUCUGGGCAUUUUGAAAGAAGGAGACCAUGUGCUUGCUGACCGUGGAUUCAGUUGCUCUGAUUUGUUGGCUGAAAAAGGAAUUAUAUUGAACAAACCACCUCCUAAAAAAGGUCCUCAAAUGGCCCCAGAAAAUGUCGCUUUAACACGAGCAACUGCAUCACGAAGGGUGAAUGUAGAGCGGAUUAUAGGACUAGCCAAAACUAAUAAAGUUUUGAAACAUAAAGUUGGUCAUUGUUUGCUGCCCCUUAUGAACAAAAUAGUUCAACUUUCAUUCUGGUUGGUGAACAUAAAAAAACCAAUAUGCAAAGUUUUGGCUCGAGCUUGCAAAUGCCCUAAGUCCGAUCCUGUUGUUUCUACAUCAUCCAGCAAUACUAACGUAGUUGUCAACAUACAACAACCCAGCACGUCAUUCCAAGCAGUAACCACUAUUCCUCAAAGCGUAGCUCAGCAUAAAUCAAGCUCAGUACAGACGGUAUCUAACAUGUCUACUGAUAUUGAGGAGCUUCAAUCACGUGCAGAAGCAAUGGAAAAACUGGCCGAAGCUCUUGUCAGAUGGGAUAUUCCUGAGACGAAUCAGAGAGUUCAGAUAUUAAACUGUCAUUCGAUGUCAGACGAGGAAAUGCUGGGGACGUUCGGUAAAUUUAAAAAUGAACUUCUUCACCUCUUCAAUCAAUCGAAAAAUUUGCCAAAUUAUGCAUGGAAGCUUGUCAACUAUCAGGACGUUGCUAACAUACUGACGGAAGAUCAGGCUUAUAAAAUGAUUCAGCAUUUGGAAUACACUAUUGUUCCUUAUGAAGAAAGAGGAAAUUACACUGAAUUGUUAUCAUCAUUAGUCUACGAAUGGGCGACGCGUAUAUUUCAACAAAAGUUUGGUUUUUCAUCUCUUGAUGAAGUUGUCGAUCGUAUAAAGAUCCAAGAUGUUCAAAGGAUAUUCGACAAUCCAUCGCCUUAA